AUGGAAGAGCGAAAAUGGGAAGAGCUAAACAUGGAUUGUUUGGUGAAUGCGCUUGGGAGAUUGGAAAUGGAGUCCCUGCUAUUUGAUAUUCCCUUCGUAUGCAAGUCAUGGUACAAAGCAACUCUUAAUCCUCUGUGCUGGCAUCACCUUGAUUUUCUUAAAAUCACGGACUCCUUCAAAUCAAGAUUAGUGGGUGGAUAUCGAUUGAAGAGGCUUAAUGCAACUAGAUUAGUAAAGUUUGUCAUCAAUCGUAGUGGCGGAUCUGCUGUUUCACUAGUUAUUCCGAGAGAUUGUAAGCAAGAGGCAUUUGUCUGUGUUGCAGAAGGGUGUCCUGCCUUGAAAUAUUUGGAGCUGCCUUUUCUACUGUGGGAGGAAAAUUCCAUCCUUCCAAGUCUUAUAAGCAAGUGGAAAAAUUUGCAAACGUUAAGUCUCCAAAGCAGCUAUAUUAAUAUUAAAGCAAUCCUUACCCAAGUCAGCCUUCAUUGCAAGAAUUUUGUUGAUUUACGUACUUCAUCAAGAUGCUACAUUGGGGAACAUGAAUCUCUGGUUAUAGGCACCUUGCUGCCAAAUAUAAAGUAUCUAGACCUAAGAGAGACAUAUCUUAAUCGGGAGAAUCUUGUGAGGAUUUUGAAGGGCUGCAAAAAACUUGUGCAUCUUGAUGUUAGACACUGCAAAGGUUUCGAGGGUGAUGAUGAGAUAUUGAAGCUUGCUUCUCAUAUUCCUACCUUCAUGUAUGAGGGUUCAAGAGUCCUAGAAGAGUGCUCGAGUGAUGAGGACAUGGGCUGUUGCUGUUCUCCUUUUCUUGAUGAGGGUUCAACGGGAGAUGAGGGUUCAACCGAGCAUGCAGGAAGAGAUAUUCUAAGUGAUGAUGAGAUGGGCAUUGUUCGUCUCUUUUUUCCUGACGAUGGCUCCAAUGUUGGUCACAGCUCUGUUGGUUAA